GAGAUGAUUUAGUGUUUUCAUGUCUGCCGGCUUGGUGCCAUAUUUAAGUUGAGGGGGAACAUGCACAGAGGCACAGGGGCCGACACGAGACAAAAUGUGAGAAGAGAUUAUGGGCAGAGGCAGCUGGUAUGUUAAAUAUCUGAAUCAUUUUAACUGCAUAAUACAAUACAAAGGAGAGCAGGUGUAAGUAACACAAGGAACAGGGUUGUGUGCAGAGUGUGACGGUGUUUGUGAGUCCCAGAGUAUUUCUGUGUGUGGGGCUAUGAGAUCAUGGCGGUGACCUCAGCUGAUUGAGCUCACACAGCAUCCUAUCCUCGGUCCUCCCCUCCCACGGUGGGUGGGGAGCACGGUGCUAUCUGUGGACAUGGAAAGUGACAGGACCAGCUGGGGAAUGAAAUCCUGUACGACAGGCAGUCGGUCUGGGAGAGUGACUACCGCUCAGUUACAGCCGUCUGCAACUCCACUCGGAGAAAACCAAGCCAGGAUUCAGAGUAACUGCUGCCAAACAUCAGGAGUUCCACAAUAACCAAGCACCUCAGUACCACUGGAGCCAUCAUGUUCUGUGUGGCUUGUUCAAGAACCCUGGAGAUCAAUCAGCAGUCAUUAUCCAGCACCACCUCUCAAUGCUCCAAUUGCUGGUGAUUCAGAUAAUCGCAUGGUGACACUGUGUUAGAGGCGUUUGACUUGAAGUUACUGUGAGGACGAUGGGUGGGAAGCAAUCUCGCAGUUUUUCCAGCAAGGAGUUGAACGAGGUGAGUAUGAGUCAAAGGAGCAAGAGUGCUUUGAGAGACGACCAGCCCAGCCUGUCCUCGGCUGCCGAGAGGAUCCGCAGACACGCCACGGUGCACUUUGGUUACAGCACUCUGAGUCUAGCCAUGCGGGGGCUCGACAAGACCCCAGCUGAGCUGUGGGAACUCAGAGAGCUCCAGAAGCUAAACCUGUCCAUGAACUGCCUGUGCUCGCUGCCCCCUACCCUGGGUGCCCUGGACAAUCUUGUCAUCCUCAAUCUUUGGGGCAACAACCUGUCGAGCCUCCCACCUGAGAUUGGCCUCCUGAAGAAGCUGCGUGUGCUCUUUGCUUGUCGCAACCGCCUGAGCGAGGUCCCCGAGGAGCUGGGCUCCUGUACCUGCCUGGAGGUGCUCAGUCUGGCCAACAACCAGAUCACGGGCCUCCCUGGCAGCUUGGCAGCCAUGCACAGUUUGACCAAGCUCAACCUUAGCCACAACCGCAUCGCUCACAUCCCCACGUGUGUGUACACUAUGAAGGGCCUGGUCUUCCUCCACCUGGCCUGCAACCGUCUAGAGACGAUUGCGGACCAGAUCCAGGACUUGGUGAACCUCAAGAUCCUCAUUGUAGAGGGGAACAGUAUCCACACACUGCCGAAGACACUGUGUUUUCUACAGUCUUUAGAGCUCCUCAAUGUUGACUUCAAUGACUUGCAAAAUGUACCAGUGGAAAUGUAUCUACUGAGCCGACUCGGGAGGCUGGCCUGCCACCCGCUGGACAAGGGACUUCACAUAAUCCACAACCCCCUCCUCAAGCCUAUUCAGGAGGUGUUGCAAGGAGGACUCAGCGCCCUCUAUAACUACCUCAAACCCACGUGAGGGACUCCUACUGCAUGUGUGUUUGUGUGUCUAUAAGAGUGUGUCGUAAUGCCACGUUGGCUCAGAUCUGACUCCUGGCAGGUGGAAGUUACCACAAACUGACCGACGGAGAUAUAUUGUCUCAAGAUGGGAUAUCUUCAGACUGAUGAAUAGAAUUCUUUUUUAUGUAAUACACAGGUUUGGAUAUAAAUAAAGAAUUAGUAAUGGCUGUGUCAUGUCUAAACAUUUGUUAAUCCACAGUGAAGCAGUCAGGACGAGUCACGCAGAUCGCACAAAGUCUAGGUCUACAUUUGGGAGCUGAUAACUAGUCGGUUGAUCUUGUUUGGCUCGUUACAGUGGGGGAGCACGGGGGAAGAUCAGCUCCACUGUCUUUUGUUGCAUUAAGGUCACAGGGAUCAAGUGGGUAAGGUCAGUGGAAAGAACAGUGGAGGGGGGCUU